AAUCUCUCUCUCUAACUGCCCCUCAACAGGCAACUCAUGCAUCAGUCCAAGCCCGCGGCCACCCCCUCCUCCUCCUCCUCCUCCUCCUCCUCCUCCUCCUCCUGGCCUCCCACGUUGUUCGUACACAUGCCCCGCGACGUCUGGCUGGCGGGGGCGGUGGCGGCCAAUGUGGCGGAGCUGAGGGGACAGGGGGUGGCGGUGCAUGAGAUACGGGUGCAGCCGCAGCCGCUGACGCCCCUGUACCUGGCGCAGCGCUGUGCCCCGGAGAUGGACGAGGCCACCAGUCGGGCCGUGUACGCCGCCUUCCGGGCCUCGGGCUACAUCGACGGCCGCGGCUAUCUGCGGCACAGCCCCCGCGCGCUGCCCAGCUGGCGCCAGCUGCUGCUGAGUGGGGCGGCGGGGGCAGGGGGCGGCGGAGGCGGCGGUGGGGGCGUGCCGGGGGCAGAGCGGCUGCGGCUGAGGCCCGAGUCCAGCCCCCUGGCUGAGGAGCUCAACCUGCUGUUCGCCGUGCACGAGCUGUGCAGCGAGACCACCUCCGCCUCCCUGGACUGGUUGGAGCGGCAGCACCUGCAGCAGCAGCGGCGGCAGCGGCAGCCUAUCUAGGCAGCUGUAGCAGCUGUAGCAGCGGGGCAGUGGCAGUCGCAGUGGCAGUGGCAGUGGCAGUGGCAGUGGCAGUGGCAGUGGCAGUGGCAGUGGCAGUGGCAGUGGCAGUGGCAGUGGCAGUGGCAGUGGCAGUGGCAGGGAGGUAGCAUGCAGCAGUCUGCAGAGGCCCAGGUGGAGCGGCUUGACACGGUGGAAGUCAAGCUAAUGGGCUUGCAUCUGCCUGGGGCAGGCCGCCGCCGCUGGCGAUAAGGGCCCUAACCACCUUCUCUGGUGCUCGCCCACGGCAUCCAGGGAUGCCCAAAAAUGCCUACUUUUAAGCGUUCCGGGGUGGGGGGCUCUCCGGAGGCUCCGGCACGCGUGCCAGUACGGUGCCGUAUGCUGUGGCGCACGUGGCAGGUAGCUGGCGGAGUGGCUGGCUUACGACGUGUGGUUCAGAGCCGCAGCUCUUGUCAAGUGACGGUAGUCGUGUGACAAGUUGAUGAGGGAGGGCUACGUGCGGCUCGGUUGGUGAGGGUCACGGAAUGAAGGAGUGUCACCGACACUUUCAAAUGUAUCCUUG